AUGGCCUCGACGUUGAAGGUGGAGCAGGAUGUUCAGGGGAAAGUGGAUUCAUUUAGGGCCCGCAUUGCCCAGGAGGCCGAAGAACUGGUGGCCACCUUCUUCCCACAGAAGCUGUCUGAGCUGGAUAACCGGGUCCAGGAGCUCCGCCUGCAAGACCUGAUGUGGGUGCAGCUGCUCAUCCCCAAGGUGGAAGAUGGCAACAACUUCGGAGUGUCUAUCCAGGAAGACACAGUGGACCAGCUGUGGACAGUGGAGAGCACCGCAGCCUCCUAUCUGCGCCGCUUCUCUACCUACUACAAUACUCGGGCCAAAUUGGUGUCCAAGAUCGUGAAGUAUCCCCAAGUGGAGGAUUAUUGGCGCACAGUGGCGGAGGUCGACGAAAAUGAGUACUUGAGCGUGCGACAGAUUCUUCUGCACGUUCGUAACCAGUAUGCCACCUUGCAUGAUGUAAUCCUCAAAAACAUCGAAAAGAUUAAGACCCCUCGGAGCGCUAACACAGAAAACCUGUACUGA